AUGUUGAAAUUCGAACACGAAAUAACGCCAAAAUCUGUUAUCAAAAACCAUCGUAAUAAACGAAGAACUUAUUGGUGCGCUCCUAGAAGAGUAAAAAGUACAGUUAUUGUAGGAAAUUUCGACAAUUCGUUGACACAGAAGAAAAAUAUAAAAAAAAGGCAUCAUAAGAAAAAACGAAAAACUAUGAAAAGCCUAAGACGCAUUGAUAUCUUAGCGCAGCCUAAAUCUAUAAAACAUAAAGUAGAACAUAAGAAUCAGUUUUCUACAGUAAGCAAAUCUGCUCAAAGGUAUCAAAUUCCAAAAAGGUCUAUUUCAUCGGAUCAAAAAAGUACCAUUUACCAACGUAAAACAUUCAGAAUAAAAAAGUUUAAAGGUACACGUGAGUUGCCAAUGAACUCGACGUUGAAGGAUUGUUCAACAAUUAUAUUACCUAAGAAACUAGGUGUCCGAUUAUUUGCUUUAGGUUUUUAUUUAUAUUUUUACUAAUAUUAUUUUUCUAUCUUUUCACUAUACUAACUAGUCUAAGAUUAAUUAUUCAUUUAU